GCCGUGAUGGAGUCUGCCUGCGUGACCAUUCACGAGGCUCUGCGGACGGUGGUGGAUUCGCAGACGCAUUACCGCCUCCACGAGGCCCAGGACCGGACCCGGGCCGAGGACCUGCACAGCCGGGUCUCUUACUGGUCUCUUGGCGAGACCAUCGCCCUGUUUGUGGUCAGUGUCAGCCAGGUGCUGCUGCUCAAAAGCUUCUUCACGGAAAAGCGGCCCGUCAACCGGGCGGCCCACUCCUAGUGGGCGGUGUCCCGUGUCGGGGUCCCUAGCACCCUGGGAUGGGACGGAGCAGCUCUCGAGGUCACCGGCUCC